UAUCGCUCAAUAUGGUCUUGGUCUCUUGGUCUUGAACUUGGGUUUUAUUGAGAUGGAUAUUUUAAUGACAAUGCUGCAAAUAAAUCCUAAUGAUAUAGCUCCCCAGGGGGAGUCUGAGAGUCAUAUGAAUAUGUAGUAUCAUGUGUAGGCCUAUACAAGUUUGUAAUUUCAAACAUCAUUGUUGCUGCACUUAAUAGUUGUAAACAGGCCCCAAAUGUAAAAAAUCUCAAAAAUGAAGUGUAGAGGGCACACUAAAAAGGUCUUCUGGUCAUGAGGCCUUACUGCUUAAAGUAUCUUGACAUUUUGUCUGAUCUGCACCCAGGAGUCACACAUUAUUCACACAUGUUGCUGGUUGUGAAAAACCUAAGCAAAAAUAGUCACACAGGAAAUAUGCCCACAAUAUAACACCAAUGCACAGACACAUAGGCAGUGUUUCUUCAGACAGCCACUCUGAGUGUAGCUUUAGACAAAUAAAUACCGGUACAACUGCGUCUGUUCGUCUGAAAGCUCAGGAUUACUGCAAAGAGAAGAAUGGAGAUGAUUGAGGAGAUUUAUGCAAAUGCAGGUGUUACUCCAGACAACGGAGCUGAUUCCAGUGACAGUAACAAUUCAUAUGAAGAAAUUGAUGUGAACGAGGACAAUUUGGAGACCCAGCGGACCGGAAGACUCAAGCAGUCUGAGACCUCAGAUACAGGAAACAGCCAUGCAGGGAAUAAAUGUUACAGAUUGACUGCAGUGUGUCUGCUGCUGCUGUGUGUUCUCCUGCUGACUGCCGUCACAGUGCUGUGGAUCAAAAUCAACACCCUGAAUACAGAAAACAACCAGCUACAGACCAGAUACAGCAACCUGACUAUAGAGAGAGACCAGUUGCAGUCCACUAAUUAUGACUUGAAUAGGGAGAAAGAUCAACAAGAAGCCAAACUGAAAGAACUGACAAAUAAAAUGAUCAAUUUACAAGCCAGUUAUACUGACACGAAAGACAAGAGUGAGAAGUUACAGAUGGAAAAAGACGCCCUUCAGAAGAAGCUAACUGCUAUAGAUUCACAAAGCAAAGAGGGAUGGAGAUGUUUCUGCUCCGGGGUUUACUACAUCUCUACUGAGCAGAAAACCUGGAGUGAGAGCAGACAAGACUGUAGAAGUAGAGGAGGAGACCUGGUGAUCAUAAACAGCAGAGAGGAACAGGAGUUCAUCAUUAAACAGCUGGGAAACACUAAGGCUUGGAUUGGUCUGAGUGACAUAGACACAGAGGGGGUGUGGAAAUGGGUGGAUGGUACACGACUUACCACUGCGUACUGGGGUGAUGGAGAACCGAAUAAUGUAGGUGAUGAGGACUGUGCUGAGAUGCUGAGUUCUCAUAUUAGUAAGAGCUGGAACGACAGGUUAUGUUCGGCUCAGCUACCAUGGAUCUGUGAGAAAAGUGCUUUUCAGUAAUUAGAGAAAAGUACUGUAAAAUGAUCAAAUAUUCCCAAUUCAAACUGCAUGUACUGAGCAGUUGUAACUGUAUUAGUCACUGUUCUUGUAUUCUCAAGUCCUAUCAUGUAAAACUAUCUAGUGUUCAGAUCUGUGGAAAGGGAAAUCCAUUUCUACUUUCAAAUGUCUCUUUUCAGUGUGUGAUCAGUGGCUGGCCUGAAUCUCAUAAGUCUUGUACAGCAUUUUUAAUCAUUUUUAAGGAAAUCAUGUUUUAAUCAUUUUUAAGGAAAUGCUUGUUUAAAAAUUAAAUUUUCACCUUUUCCCGUUUGGCCCAAAUGUGACCGAGGAUCCAAAGAAUGAUGAUAGAUGAUAUAACAAGUUAAACUGAACCCUGUCACUGAUUAUUUUUGCUAUAGCAGCCACAGCGCCAAGUGUUUUAUUCCUUACUUAAUUCACCAUCUAUAAUGAUUUUUAUUGAAUAUAUUUCAGUGUGUUUUUUCUCUAAUGAACUUUAUGUUUUAAUUUUUUAAAAAUAUGUACUGUUUGUGUGUUGGACUUUGUUUCGAUUACAUGUAUGAGAUCAGGAGAUUGCAGGUUCGAGUCCUGCUGGGAUCGUGACUUUAGGAGCCACAAAUCAUCAGGUCUGAAAUGACAUGCUUCUCAAAGCAGUGACGUGUUUGAAUCUCUGCUUGAACUGAUAGUGUGGUUACAAUAUACCAGUAUUCUUGAUGUGAUAAAUCUGCUGUUUGGGGAAAUGAAAUAAUGGCUUCUGUUCUAAAAUGAAGCAAUAAAGUUAUUUACUGCUUGAUGAACGUUUGAGUGGCUCACUAAUUAGGACAGCUGUAUAAUCACUGUGUAUGUAAUAUUUAACCUGUAGCUCUAAUAGCCUCUGAUAUCUGACUCAUUACUCUUUUACAAAUUACAAAAAAGUUCUCUAAUGAUUUCACAUGAGCGAAAUAUACAGUAUUUCAGUUUACCCUUAUUCUGGAGACAGAGGAUCAUACGCUUGAAACCACUAAGCACACUUUAAUUAAAUCACAGCAUAUAAAAUUUUAAAUACUUCAGACUCAACAACAAUAUUUUUGUGUCAACCACUGCAGUUGUUUUAUUUACCAAACACGUAAAUAUACAUCAUAGCUCAUUUUUAUACUGAUUACGGAUUUAACAUAAUGCUUGAAUUAUGCUACUUUAUUAGGAGACAUAAUAUAAUAAAACUACCGAGUGUUUGGAAAGGAGCACCUCUAGUGGCAAGACGAUGACAUGAAUGUGUGAGGAUGUGUGUCUGUGGAUGUGACAGUAGAGCUGCUGACUGAAGGAGAUUGUCAUGGCCAAGCCAGACCAAAACAUAAAUCGUCACACUCUAAUUCUAAUCACACACAUCUGUCUCUCAUUUCCUUCCUCAUCAUCUCUCCCCUACUAAAGCUCUUCACUUCUCCCUAUUCUCUGUCCGGUCUCGUCUCGGCGAUAACCAAAAGAGACCCACGAAAGCCAACAACUACUAUUCCUCCCUACGAUUCCUCACGCUUCCUACUGUGCCCCCAUUUCGUCCGUUUCUCCAGCCAGUCAUCACCAUCCGGUAACUUCCUUCCUCUCAUCUCUUUCUCCGUUUGUUUAUUAAUAAACACCAUUGUUCCAUCUACCAUCUCUGUGUCUCGAGUCCUACCUGCAGUGUGACACAAAGUAGUGGUCUACAAGCUAUUGAAAAUCCCCAUUUCAGAUGCUUUUACUGAAGAAGAAUCUGGUAACCUUAUUUAUGUGAACUACACACAGGUAAUUUGCAUAAUUUGAAUGGCGUUCCCAGAAAAUUGGUUUAAACAGGUGUGUAGACGAAUCUAAAUUUGGACAAAUCUCCAUGUGUAAAUAUUGAUUGAUAUAAGUCUGAAUACAGCCAAUAAAUUUCACAAAAUUACAAUGUAUUUCAAUAGAUAAGUUGUCCCACACCAUUAGCUGGUCCCA